AUGAACUACUCUCAGAGGUACCCGCCCCCAGAUCCAGCGGACCCCUUUGCUCCUCUGUGGGUUCUACGAAACAAGACAGCUACCGAUGGAAGCCAACAACGACCACACACAGCUGACGAUGCUGCAGCCCUUGCCUUACUGUCUCGUCCUCAGUCGGGCUCGUUCAUUCUACCGUCCCGCCACCUCCCCCGUAGGGGCUCUCUGGAUAUCUCUCUCUCCCAAUCACCACCAUCGGAUUUGAACCGUAUGCAUGCGGGUUGCUCCAUAGGGCCCAAUCCUCCGCCCCCAACAAAGACACACUCCCUCUCACCAUCCCACUCCCAUGCCCCUUGCCUGGCUUCCGAUGCUCGACGGGUGUACCAUGGCGGGAGGGGCUCGCCACUUACCUCUCAAUCAGGCGUGAAGCAGCCCGAUGCACAUAAAGUGGUCGGCAUCGGUGUUCGUGAAAUGACCAAGGACGACUCCAAUCACCACCGUUGGCACAGCGUCCCCCACGAGCAGCAACGAGGACGGUCGUCUCCCCAUAAAUUUUCUCGAUUGUUUUCACCAGUGGAAAUAGUCCGCGCUAAAAGCGCUUCGGAAGCUCCUCCAAAAGCAUUUACCGCCGAUGUCAACAUUGCAACGAACACCGUAUCCACCGAUUUUCCUCCGAGUCCGCAUUCAUUCCCACCCCGUCCGCCCUGUCAGCAAGAAGUGAACACCACCGUCAUCGAGAACAAACCCGCAAUAUCACCCCCAAUUAUCUCCACCCUUGUAUGGCGAUCGGGAGUGACAAGGGGACAUCACCUCCCUAUCACAUCGAAUCCAAUCUACAAUAAUGCUAUUUCCGUCCAACCGUCAACCUUCCAACAAUCUGCCUCCUCUGAUGUCGACGCCCAGGCGUUAUACCCGCGAUGUGACGAGGAUUGCAAUCAUGGUCGAAAAAGAAACGAGGCGACUCUCGACACCCAUAUAGCUCCCCAUCGAACAGACAUCCGUCGUCGAAAGAUGGAUUCCCCUUCGUCUCCAACUUCUCCUUCGAGUGUAGAUCUUUGCUUCGCAGCGAGCGUCCCCCUCCCCCCUACCCCUGAGCCCAAGGCACCUUUGACAAUACCGGCUUCCCCUCAACCAUUGAUCACGAAACGCGGGGUGUCUGUGCAGCUCGCGCCGUUGACGACCUCGCAUAGCACUUCUUCCACCUCAACCUAUAUUCAGGUCUCGCUUCCCACUCCUUCUGACCAGUCCUUUGCUACUGCGGAAACCACUCAGGGGUGUCAAACCUGCAUAAACCCUCCCGAUUCCAUUGGUACCCCUAGCUCUUCCACUUCCCAGUCCACUGCGCGAUAUCCGCCGUUGGUAGAGCCGCAGCUCCUUUCCCCUCCUCCCUUAACUGCAGUCUCGGGGGAAGCAACACCGCUCUCCGCUGCCUCUACUAGACCACAGAUCCAUUGUCAAAGCCCGAUCCUGUCAACCACCCCAUUGUCCCCGCAGACUGAGUGGUCUAUACCCACCUUCUCUCAACUGGCCUAUGCCGCUUCCCUACCCAUCUUCCGUCCUGAUGGCGCUUCGAUCCGGUUCGGCACCCUAUUCGAAGAACAUCGAGCCAUCGUGCUCUUUCUCCGCCAUUUCUUCUGUCCCAUAAGUCAAGAUUACGUUCAGUCCUUGACUUCAUUGGUGCGGAGGCCGGCGUUCAAAACAGGCGGCAUUCUAUGCGACUUUAACGAGGACGAUGCAAAGGUCAAAGAGGGAGAAAACGACAAACCCCCGAAGCAGGUUCAAGUGAUUCUCAUUGGAUGUGGCAAGCCAUCCUUGAUCGAGAAGUACAGGGAGAUGUUCGAACUGCCCUUCAGAAUGUUCAGCGAUCCGGAUGGGAAAGUCUACGAGGCCUUGGGAAUGAUCAAGUAUGAUUCUUCAUCGAAGAAGACGACGGAGCCACGACUGCAGACCUUCGACAACGGGAUUCUUCAGAAGGGGGAAGCUCCCGUGCUGUUGGAAAGGGCGGAGUUAGCACCCUCUAUGGCCAAGGAAAAGGGGGCAAAAAGUGGGACUAAGUUGGGGGUUAUGAAGGGGCUGGCGAAAGUGGUGGUAAGGUCACUGAAGGUCGGGAUGCCCGUUUGGGAGAACGGAGGGGACGUUACGCAGCUAGGGGGCGAAUUCAUUCUUGGACCAGGCUUUACGUGUUCCUUUGCACAUCGCAUGCAAAUGGUCAAGAGCCACACUCCUAUCGUGCAUGUUCUGACGGCAGCGAAUGUCGGCAUACCCGUGGACAACGAUCAAUCGACAUGCACCUCGACUCCCGCGACGAUCAAGAAAGCCAAGGACACCCGUCUGUCAAAGAGGGACUCAGCAGCAUCGCCUGUCUCCCGGCCUAGCAAUGGCCACUAUGUUCCCGUCAGGACCAUCAUUUCGCCGCCUCCCGAUGAAUCGUUACUAGCCAAAGUGGAUGAAAGGGACGAAAAGGCGAGGAAGAGGGAUACCUUCGUUACCCAGACGCUCAAAUCUAUGAACAGCGCCACUUUCACAAGAAUGAACGGAAGCCAGGAGACUUUAGGCAGUCGCACCGUAGUCGGCUUCAACGUUGCAUCCGAGUUCCCCUCGUAUGUCUCAGAUUUUGGCGCUUAUCAUCGUCAGCAACAGCACACUGCCCUGGAGGAUAAGUGGAUGGAGAGCAGGCAGGUGCAAUUGGAGCGGCUCAGACAGAGGAAGGAUGCUAGACGAAUCGGUGGCGAGUAUGCGAAGGAGUGUAUUGAAGUUCCUUUGCCUCCAUUGCCUCGACGACGUCAUGAUCCCUCUGCAAGCGUGUGUAGCCUUCCUGACGCUUCCUUGGAUAGCUUUGGCAACCUUGCAUCUACCAUACCGCUCCCUCCAACCCAACUCGACGCGCCCAAGCAGCGAAAGAUCAAGUGUAAGCAUACCAAAGCCCGAUCUUUCUCUGCCUCCGUUCGGAAUUUUAUCUCAAGAGACUGA